AACUAUUGAUGAUGUAAGGGCAACAGGAGCGACGUCUCUGUGUUGACGUGGCUUCUCUGUCUCCAGUAAUCCAGCAGCUGAAGUAAUGAGGCACAUAGCGGAAACUGGAGAAUGCCAUAAUCACUAAAGUCAAGCGGACCACACUCGUUUCUCAGUGGAAAAAUGACUGGAAGGAACCAGCACAAUGGUUUCCAGUUGCCACCCACAGGUGGUUACAUGUCCGCUUUUGGAAACCACUCAGAGACUGACUACUCGGAGGAGGACGGAGAGACAUUUGAGCUGCGUUCCAGGGGCAAGGAGAGGCAGCGCAGGAGCACAUCUGCAGAUCGCAAGGACGAUUUUGUCUACUUGAUAAGGGACAUAAAAGACGGAGAUACGCUGAUCAGUAUUUCUCUGCAAUAUUUCUGUACUGUUGCAGACAUAAAGCGGGCCAACAAUCUUCUAACUGAACAGGACUUCUUCGCACUGCGGUCCAUAAGGAUCCCUGUGAGGAAGUUCAGCUCAUUCACAGAAACUCACAGCACUGUUCCCCGUAAAAGCAGCUCACCCAGUGGUACUCACAGAAUCUCUGAGAUCCCCGUUUCUGGAGCUUCCUUGGACUCUUCAUCCUCUUCCUCAUCUGUGGACACCGUGGAGUGCUUCCUGCAGGAGAAGGACAAGGACAUUCAACUUCUCGUCAAGUCAUCUGCCCCUUCCAGGAGCAGCCUGAACGAGGUUGUGUCCUUGCUGGAGCAGCCGCUUUUGGUAGAUCCCGAGCGCAGACCAGCCCAGAAGAAAGACCCAUACUAUGGUGCUGACUGGGGAAUGAGAUGGUGGACUGCAGUUGCCAUCAUGUUGGUUGUGGGCAUUGUGACACCUGUUUUUUACCUGUUGUACUAUGAAGUUUUGAUGAAAGCAGAUGUUAGCCACCAUACUACCAUUGACUCAAUCAGCCCAGGACCAACACAGCCAGCUGCUGCUAUGCUUCGGUUGCCUCCUCCCUCUCACCAAGACUCUCACCUACAGUCUGCUGCUAAACAGCAACAUUUUGUGAAGCAUGAAGAGAAAGCAUAAAGGGGCUCUUAAAUCACCAGGGAAUUCGUUGAAUUAAUUUGAAGGAGGCAUUAAUGGAAGGUAUAAGCAGGACCACAUUAUAAAAACGAUUAACAAACGCGGGUGAGGAUCGCGUAAUCAAGAAAUGAUUCCAGUCCUGCCAGAUUUUUUCCUUGAUGCAUUUUGCACAGUUGAUCGCUGGUUUUCUAGUGUGUCACUCAUGAGCCAGUGUAUAUCUCUGUACCUCUGUUAAGCUUGUAGUUGGCAAUGGCAAACAGCUGAUAUAUUGUUCAAGAUAUUUGCUGCCACUGUCUGGUUGUCAGGGAAAUGAACAUGGUAAUUUAUUUUAGGAAAUGUACAAUUCACAUUCAGUAAUGCAACUUAUGGUAAUAAUAUUUCAGGUUUACACUUUUUAAUUUUGCUUGUAAAAAAGAAAAACUAAACUUAAUGGAACCAUAAUAGCUUGCCGUUUUUUUUUUUUUUUCUCUAACAAGAACAAAGGGAUGAUUUGUAAAAUAUUCUCAGACAUGUUAAAUUCCAUUUAAGUAGCAGAGAUAAGAAUUUCUUUGAAACAAGUACAGCGAUUAUGUGCCUUCAUCCUGUAGAUGCAGGUUGAAAAUAAAGGAAUUAUAUUUUAAUAUCUGAUUCUCUUAGUUAUUUUUAACCUUUUAAUUUUAUUAUCACUUAGCUUAAAUGAUACCAGUUUAGACUAUUAUCUAUAGAAUUACACAAUCUUAUUUUUAUACCUAGAAAACACUGUUCUCUUUGAAGACGAUGUGUAUGAACUAAAAAAUUUUGUUUUUAUAUUGUACAUACAUAUUGGUUAACUUUAAUUCUUUUGCAUGAUAGACUUUUUUUUUUUCUUCUAGUAAGUGGCUUCAUCCAUGUUGUCAUCACUUCCUCCUCUGUAAUCAUCACCAUCUUUAAAGUAAUUUUCUAUGUAAUCAUUUUCCUAUGGGGAGGGGCAAAUAACAGUCCGAUCAUGCAUCAAGUGCUUUUAGUGCUCUGGAGUUUCAAGUACAUUUACUAUUGAUUAUUCAAACAUGACUAUUAUGUACCAAGAAACACUGUGCUGUCAAAACAGUUGCACUAAAGAAAGUUUUUCCCAGUAACCAAAAACCAUUUUAAAUAUGUGCGCGCAGGUACUAGUGUUGUACACUUGACUGAUGAUGUGACAGGAAUGACGUAAGAUAUGUUAAUAGCAUCUAUGUUGUUAAAUUAAUACCACAGAAAAAUAAAACAACAUUCACA